AUGACCGUGGCGCGGCUGGACCAGGGGCAGCGCCACCGCCCGCGGAUGGCCUUCCUCAAAAAGAUYGAGACCCUUAUGAUGGAAAUGCAGAAUCCGGACACGGGCGUCAAGACGCACACUCAGAGGGUGAUGAUCACAAACAUCCCGCACGCCGUGACAGGUAAUGAUAUACUGCAGUGGAUUCUCCAGCGUUUGCAGAUCACUGGAGAAGAGGCACUGCACCUGGGGGACCUGUUUGUCAAGUAUGGAUACAUCUAUCCUCUGCAGGAGCCAAAGAACCUCGCCCUCAAAGCAGACAGCAGCCUGUACAGGUUCCAAACUCCCUAUUUCUGGCCCGCACAGAGCUGGCCUGCUGAUGACACAGACUAUGCAAUUUACCUAGCAAAGAAGAACAUAAAGAGGAAGGGGAUUUUAGAAGAAUAUGAAAAGGAACAUUACAACAUGCUCAAUAAAAAAAUAAACUACAAAUGGGAUUUUGUUAUUAUGCAGGCCAAAGAGCAGUAUAAGGCAGGGAAGGAGCGGAAGAAGGCGGACAGGUACGCGCUGGACUGCCAGGAGAGAGCCUACUGGCUCGUGAACCGAGUGCCUCCCRGCAUGCAAGAUGUCCUGGAGUAUGGAAUAGACCGAGUAACAGAUCCUAACGAAAAUAAGAAAAAAACCAUGGAUGUUUAUAGGAGAGAGAUCAUGUACUAUCAGCAGGCCAUCAUGAAGACCAGAGUGAAAUCRUCCGUCUCCCUGGGAGGGCUUGUGAAGUACUGUGAGCAGUUCCUCUCCAAUGACCCUUUGCUGUCUGGAUGUCUCCCCAGCAACCCCUGGAUAACCGAUGAUCCCGAGUUCUGGGACCUCAAUGCGAAGCUAGUGGAAAUCCCCACCAGAAUGCGCGUGGAGCGAUGGGCCCUCAACUUCAGCGAGCUGAUAAGAGACCCCAAAGGUCGGCAGAACUUCCAGCUCUUCCUGAAGAAGGAGUUCAGCGGAGAGAAUUUGAGUUUCUGGGAAGCCUGUGAGGAUCUCAAGUAUGGAGACCAAUCCAAAGUCAAAGAAAAAGCAGAAGAAAUUUACCAACUCUUCCUGGCUCCAGGAGCGAGGCGCUGGAUCAACAUCGAUGGCACCACAAUGGGCAUCACUGUGAGAGGUCUCAAGCACCCUCAUCGUUACGUGUUAGAUGCUGCUCAGACCCAUAUUUACAUGCUGAUGAAAAAGGACUCCUAUGGCCGCUAUUUAAAGUCUCCAAUAUACAAGGAAAUGCUGGCCAAGGCCAUUGUGCCUCAAGAGACGGUCAAAAAAAGCUCCAGUUUCCUCUUUGGACGGCGCCACCUCCGCUCCAGCCCUAGCCCCAUCAUCCUGAGGAAGCUGGAGGAAGAGGCCAAAGCCAGAGAAGCCGCCACCACUGUGGACAUCACGCAGGUUAUGAGCAAGCUGGACCGCAGGAGCCAGCUCAAGAAGGACCCUCCCAAGUAGGCUCUGAGCCCCGCGGGGCGCAGCCCGGGGGAAAGACAAGCUGAGGCUGCUUGAGCUUCGUCUCCCCUUCCUGAAGGUGUCAGUGCUGCUUUACGUUUGCCCGGCCCGCUCUGCCAGCAGCCCCGCUCGCUGCCUGUCACUGCUCCCUGCAGCAGCACGUGCUGCUUCCCGGGCAUGGAAGUGCUGCUGGAGACUUGCUGCUGGCUGGGCAGGAGCCUUGGUGCCACCAGCUCCUCUCCUGCACACUCCCAAGGGGGUGUUUUCCAGCAGCCCUGGGCCCCCGGGAUGGCCGGGCAUCUCUCUGCCUCUCGCUCUGCUGCUGGCAGCCUGGGAUGGCACGAGGCAGGAUACAGCCCUGCUCCUGCUGCUGCCCAAGUCCUUGGGGUGGAAACUGGCUUUAUCCAGAGCAGAGCUGGGGCUCCCGCUGGGAGCAGAGUGCGACUGCCCACCUUGGAAUGUGAUGGUGUGGGUGCUUGUCCUCUAAUGCAUGUGGAAGAGCCACGGACACCUGCAGGGCAGACUUCCCAUGAGGUCAACAUGAUGAGGGCUCCCAAAGGUUUAGGUGACCCUCCUUUUUAAUGACAGUCCCAAGUCCCCUGUUCCAUGUGGAGGUAAUGAGUGAAAGCAUGAGGAUUCUCCCUGUUACCCUUCCUCAUGACGACCUGGUGUGCAGGCUUGGAGAGCAGGCUCUUGCAAGAGCUUGCAGGAGGGCUUCAGGGAUGCAGCCAAGGCUUUGUGUUUCUUUUAUCAAAUCCUUUCUGACUCAUCUUGUCUUUUUCCUGCUCUUCUGUUUUGUGUUGCUUAAAAAAUAACAUAAUGUAGUUCCAGUUGCCACUGGUUUGUAGCCCAGGGGCAAGGAAGAACCAGGAUGGAGGCAUUAAUAGCUGAUUUCAGCUUUAAGUAGUGGUUUUUCUCCUUUACUCUUUAGAAUGAGGAAACCUAAACAAGUCGUUUAGUGCUAAAGAACUUGGGGAGAUCCCAGGCUUUGCUGGGAAGCCCCUGUGUGUCUGUACCAAGCUCGCCAUUACCAGAAGUGAGAAGAUUCCCACAAAGCCCGAUAAAAGGAGUGGGGAGGCAGAAAAGCUUCCUUAUUCAAGAGAAUUUAGAGGAAGCAGAGGGACUGGGUGGGAAAUGCCAAGGGCAGGAAACCUGUUGAGUCCUKCUAUUGGUGUUUUGUCCCUCAUUCCUACUGGGUUGAUUUUGCAGCAAGUGGGAGGUGCAGAAAGCUGGAUGCUUGGGAACUGUUGAGUAUCAGGGUGUUGAGCACCAGCCUCUCACUAACAUGGAAAUAACUGAGCAAUAGGUAGGUCCCUCACAGCAGUUCGCGCCCUCCCUGCGCAUAUUAGUCCUGAUUCUGUGUCUGAUAGCUGGUCUGAGCUGGUGUYGCUGUAAAACUAGUCUCCUUUUAUAGCUGAGUUAAGGUGACUUCUGUAACCUCUUUUAACCUCAUGGUGAUAAAUCUUCUUAGAGGAACUGAAACCACAUUGUAUGGGGUUUUGGCUUGGAUGCCAAGGCCUGCUUGCUCUGUCCCUGCCCGUGUUCCCAAUGGAAGCAAUGGCAAAUUUUUGCAAUGCCAUAAAGGGAAGCAGGCUCAGACUGUAAAAUUUCUUAUUUUUGCUUGCAACUGGAAGACUGACUUAYGUGACGUACUGAGCACCAUCAACCUGAGCUGAGGGCUCUGAAGGACACAAGGGAGCUUGGCAAGGCUGGCCCAAAGCUUUUGGCUGGGAGGAGCUGCACCAUCUCCUCAGGAUUUGUAUAGG